AUGAAACAACUCAAGCAGGAGCUGGACGAGUCGAAUUUCCAGUACUUUGAAGGGUCUGAGAUAAUGAAUUCUGUGACUUUUGGUGGGCUCAAUGCUUUCAAGAAGCUAGAUGAGCACCAGAAGAACCAGAUUCGCAAGCUUGCCAUCAACAGUAUCAAGUCAACAUGCGCCAAGAGUGGCAACGUCGGUAUUGUGACCGGGCAUUUCAUGCUUCUGGGAUGA